AUGGCUUCCGUCGUAUCGGAAUUCGAAGGAACCCUCUUAAAAAACCGCGACGUUUUCUCCUACUUUAUGCUCAUAGCAUUCGAGGCUUCUGGGCUUAUCCGGUUCGCCUUGCUUUUGGCCCUAUGGCCCGUUAUACGUCUCCUUGAGGCAUUGGGCCGAGAGGAUGACGGUCUCAAGCUCGCCAUUUUCGUGGCCACUGCCGGGUUGCCUCUGUCUGAGAUUGAGGCCGUGGCCCGAGCCGUUUUGCCCAAGUUCUUCAUGGAUGAUGUCGAUAUCGAGGCAUGGGGAGUUUUUAGCUCGUGCGAUAAACGGAUUGUCGUGACUCGAAUGCCUAGAGUUAUGGUGGAGAUGUUUGCGAAGGAGCAUUUGCGUGCGGAUGGCGUUGUCGGGAGUGAGCUCUCGACAAAUCGAUUCGGGUUGGCCACGGGUUUUGUGAGGGACGAUUUUGGCUCGAUAGGUAAAGGUGUUGCUAGGCUGUGUGGGGAUGAAGAGCCUUGCUUGGGGCUAGGGAUGCCGGAUUCUCGUUGUGCCUCGUUGUUCCUACCGUUGUGUAAGGAACGACUCCACCCGCCAUUUACCAGCGCUGCCACAACCCGCAGGCCCCGCCCCGUGAUCUUCCACGACGGCCGCCUCGCCCUACGGCCAACCCCCUCGGCCGCCCUCCUCAUCCUUCUCUGGAUCCCCAUCGGCUCCCUCCUCGCCCUAGUCCGCAUCUCCCUCGGCCUCCUCCUCCCCAUGCACGCCACCCGCGCCGUUGCCCCUCUCCUAGGGGCCCGCGUCACGGUCCGUGGGUCCCCACCGCCGCCCGGCCGAGGUGGCGGGGUCCUCUACGUGUGCACCCACCGCACCCUCAUGGACCCCGUCGUCCUCUCGUCCGUCCUCGGCCGCCGUGUUCCUGCCGUCACCUACUCCAUCUCCCGCCUCUCCGAGAUCCUCUCACCCAUCCCCACCGUCCGCCUAACCCGGGCCCGCGAGGUCGACGCUCGCCGGAUCAAGCGCCAGCUGGACGGCGGGGACCUCGUUGUCUGCCCCGAGGGGACCACGUGCCGGGAGCCCUUCCUCCUGCGGUUCAGCGCUCUAUUCGCGGAGCUGACGGACCGGAUCGUGCCAGUUGCCAUGAACUACCGGGUAGGGUUCUUCCAUGCGACCACGGCACGCGGGUGGAAGGCCAUGGACCCGAUAUUCUUCUUCAUAAACCCGAGGCCCGCGUACGAGGUGACGUUUCUCAGCCAGCUGCCGGCAGAGGCCACGUGCGCGGCGGGGAGGAGCCCGCACGACGUGGCAAACUACGUGCAGAGGAUACUGGCGGCCACGCUGGGGUUCGAGUGCACCAAUUUCACUCGGAAGGAUAAGUAUAGGGUUCUUGCAGGCAACGACGGGAUCGUGGCGCCGGGGUCGUCUUUCUCGGUGAAAAAAAUUGUUGAUGGUUUCAAGGAGUUGGUGGGCGCGAGUUUUGUUAUUCCAUAG